GGGCGGGCGGGCUGGGGGCUGUUUGUAACUUUGCUGCCUCGGUCGCCGCGGUCCCCGGGGAGCGGGCUCCAGCGCUCGCUCCCAUUGGCCGCCGCCGCGUCAGCUGGUGCGAUUUGCUGCUGUCGCUUUUGGCGUUCGGCCAUCCAGAAACAAACCAGUUCGAUGACUACUAAUAGUUAUAGCCAGAUGUACUAAUACACAACAAAUCACAGUCCUGCAGAGGGGCGCGCAAAUGAGUUCCUAUUUUGUGAAUCCCACUUUCCCCGGGAGCCUGCCCAGCGGCCAGGACUCCUUCUUGGGCCAGCUGCCCCUCUACCCGGCCGGCUAUGACGCGCUGAGGCCCUUCCCGGCCUCGUACGGGGCGUCGAGCCUCCCGGACAAGACGUACACCUCACCUUGUUUCUACCAACAGUCCAACUCGGUCCUGGCCUGCAACCGGGCGUCCUACGAGUACGGGGCCUCGUGCUUCUAUUCUGAUAAGGACCUCAGUGGCGCCUCGCCCUCGGGCAGUGGCAAGCAGAGGGGCCCCGGGGACUACCUGCACUUUUCUCCCGAGCAGCAGUACAAACCCGACAGCAGCAGCGUGCCGGGCAAAGCCCUCCAUGACGAAGGCACCGACCGGAAGUACACGAGUCCUGUUUACCCCUGGAUGCAGCGGAUGAACUCCUGCGCGGGUGCUGUGUAUGGGAGUCACGGGCGCCGAGGCCGCCAGACCUAUACACGCUACCAGACGCUGGAGCUGGAGAAGGAGUUCCACUUCAACCGCUACCUGACGCGGCGCCGCCGCAUCGAGAUCGCCAACGCGCUCUGCCUCACCGAGCGCCAGAUCAAGAUCUGGUUCCAGAACCGCCGCAUGAAGUGGAAAAAGGAAAAUAAACUCAUCAAUUCCACACAGCCCAGCGGGGAGGACGCUGAGGCAAAGGCGGGCGAGUAA